GAAAAGUAGGUUUCUCAUUCCUCAUUUUCCAGGCCCCUGCUGCAACCUGUGGUUAGUUCUCUGUCUGCCCCUGCAGGACUGCAUUUUAAGGAUUCCAGCAGCUCCUUGUGCUCCUCACUAUGGCUGCUGCUCCCCUGGGGCUACCCCCAGUCAGGCUUAAUUGGGAAAAGCCUGGUUACUAUAGGGAUGAGAACCAGAGAAUCUGGAAGGUUUUAAGCCUGCAAUUUACUCCCGACCAUCCAACUCAUAGCAACCCUGAUGACCGUUUAAGUGUCAGGUUGUUGCAGGUGGGCGAAUGCUGCCUGGGGCACCCUCCUCCUAUGUUCUCAUGUUUGGACUGUCUCCCCAUGACAUGGAAGAAUCUUUCUCUGGAAUUAUACAGCGGGUCAGACGCAAGGUUGUGGAUAAUAGUGGAACAUGACUGGCUUGGAGACAGAGAGCAACUGGAACUAGAGAUGGGGAACAAAAUUGGUCGAGGCAUCCAUUCAUUUCCCAGGCGCAUGCACACUCGCUGAAGAUUUUAUGAUUCUGCUUCUCUGCGUAUUCCCCAAGUUUCCAGUUUCCAGUUUCUACUGCGUGGCCCAGCCCUGAACUUCACAUGAUCUGCUUCUGUGAGCCUGGCUGUCUGUGUCCUGAGCCUUCUCACUUCCUGGGUACAGCUGUGACUUUCUUGUCUCCUUUUGCCUCUGAAGCUGAACUUACAGAUUGUCCUUCUAAGGACCUUUCAUCAUUUUGAACUGCUCCCCUGGACUCCCAGUACAGCAUGCCCCUCGGGUGACUCUGAUCUGGAGGCACCUGUGGAGCAGGUAUGGAUGGGGACUCCAUGCCCUGUGGAUCUCUGAGCUAACAAUGCUGGCUGGAAGUUGACCUGGAGCUGGGCAGAGGACUCUGUGCUCCGUGCUUGAAGGCACAAUGGGAUGUGCACAGGGAGCAUCUGGUCACUUCUCCCACGUGCUCAGGACUUGGCUUCCAGAAGUGAUGCUGACCCUAAUCCCUAGCCAUACUUGUUUUUAACUAAUUAAACUUACUGCUUUUACUUAA